GAAUACCCAUAGAGCCAGCGUUAUUGUCAGCCGUUGUUAUUCACAACAUCGCGUUGAUGUAACUCCGUGUUAUUUUAUGGUUGUCCAGACAACAAGCAACGCUUGCAUUGUAUUUGUAUCCGUGGUGGAUUAUGUUAUCGCUAGCUAACGUUACAUGUUGCAUCGGGGUGGGCUUGCUGCUAUUGUUUUUUUUAGACAAAGGAUUUUAACAUUUUAUUGAGUACUUUUACGACCCCCACGUUACUGCCGAAAUGUAUGCUAGCAACAGCACUGCAUCAGACAUGCUAGCGGCUAAUUAGCAUCCUCGCAGCGUGGCUUUCUACCACCGUCGAGCUAGCUGGGCUAAAGUGCAACAACAAUGGACGAGUCUGGUAUCAAGAAGCAGAACUGGGACGUGAAGGAGACAGAGUUAUUUUUAGAAAUCCUCAAGGAGCUGGACAUGAAGAAAUGCUUAGACGGCAGGAAAGUGAGAAACAACAAGCUCUUCAAGGUGGCACACCGGAGAAUGACAGCCGCCGGUUAUCACAGAUCUGUGGACCAACUGAAGUUUCGCUGGAAACUUCUCAAAAGUGCGUAUUACAAGUGUAAAAGAGAACCCGAAUCUCCGGCGCCGACCAAAAUACAGGGCUGGUGGCGUUACGAGGAGACCAUGGUCGCUAUCAUGGAGUCCAGACACCCACUGCUGGCGGAAGGAGUCCACUGUGACAGGAAUGACGAAGUGGCGGAAGACUCGGACGGAGACUCAUCGAUGCCGCACUGGCCGCAGCCAUGCCCGGACAAGUCCACCCAGAACCUGGGGCUUAUUAUCAAAAUGGACCCUGAGAUAGACUCUCAGCUGAAGAUUGGUUUCAUCGGUGCAGGGAACAUGGCUUUUGGCAUCGCAAAGGGCAUCUUGUCUGGAAAUGUUCUUUCUGUAAACGUCAAAGUGAGCGCACCCUCCUCCAGGAACCUGGGCCGCUUUCAGGAGCUCGGGGUUACCGUCACUCACUCCAACACAGAGGUGGUGUGUGGGUCAGACGUGGUCUUUGUGGCGGUCAAGCCUCACCUGGUUGCACCAGUUCUCAAUGAGAUCUCAGUGCACGUAACUGACCGACACAUUAUUGUGUCUGUUGCAGCAGGCGUUACACUGGCAACAUUGGAGGAGCUCCUGCCGUCAAAUUCAGUGGCCAUCAGGCUGAUGCCAAACCUCCCAUGUUUGGUUCAGGAGGGGGCUCUCCUGUUUUCACGGGGAUCCCAUGCAAAGCAGGAGGAUGCAGCUCUGAUUUGCUCUCUGCUGCACCACUGCGGUUUGGUGGAGGAGGGGCCCGAGGCCUGGAUUGACAUCCACACUGGACUGAGCGGGAGCGGUGUCGCUUUUGUUUAUCUCUUUGCUGAAGCGCUAGCAGAAGGAGCUGUUAAAAUGGGUAUGCCAAGUGCUCUGGCACACAGCAUCGCAUCCCAAACUGUCCUGGGUGCUGGGAGAUUGUUACGAGAGUCUGGGAAGCAUCCAGCUCAGCUCCGCGCUGAGGUCUGCACCCCAGGGGGGACAACCAUCUACGGGCUGCACACCCUGGAACAGGGUGGUGUGAGGGCGUCCACCAUGAGCGCUGUGGAAGCUGCCACAGAGAGAGCCAGGGAGCUGGGCCAAAAGUCAGCAGCAGGAUCCAGGAAAUGACGGCGGCUGUUUGCCUUUUAAUAACUACUCAAUGGACCUUAUUCUAGCCCACGGAAAACAAAGCCUGAGCAGGACCUGUCACUUUGUUGUUUUAAAUUUUGUUAAAACAAGUGCAGUUCAUACUUCUUUAUUUCAUCUGUAAUGUCUUUGUGCGGAGGGAUUUAUUAUGAAGAAAAAGUUGGCUAAAUUGUUGACACUGACAAGUAAAUUAUUUGAACAUGA